CCAAGUUCUUUCUCUACUCCACAGAUUUCUUGUGUGACUUUCAUAUUUCCAACUUGGAUAUAAAGUGAUGAUGAUUCCUUCUUGUCCAUCUGUAAACUCAUCCUUCCCUCUUUUCAAGCUUGAAAUAGCAGCUUGAGGUAAUCAGUCAGUCAAUCUCAGGCAUUAACGCAAUGGAGCAAGCACGGUAUUGGAUGUGGAAUAAAGGCAAAGGCCGUUGGAAAUCUCAUUUGGAUGCAUCAUCCAAUUCAUGGGAAGAGGAAGCUUUUGCCAAGGAUGCAUCCCAGCCUUUUGGUGCUUUUAUAUGGCCUCCAAGAUCUUAUUCUUGCAGUUUCUGCAGAAGAGAAUUCAGGACAGCUCAAGCCUUGGGGGGUCACAUGAAUGUCCACAGACGGGAUAGAGCAAGGCUUAAGCUGCAGCCUCCUAGUCCCCAUAAAGAGAUAUCCGGUAAAUCGAUGGGUGAUGAAGAUCCAGAUCAAAUUUGCACCUUGGUUUGCAAUCCUAACCCUAAUUCAAUCCAUGGAGUUGUUGCAUCACCGCUCUCACCUUCAAGGGUUUCAGUGCUAUCCAUUCAAGAGAACUGUGAAGAGCUGUCCAUGAUUUCUUCCACUGUUCAAGAACAUCAUAAAGGUACCUUUUCCUGCUUCCCUCAAUCUUGGUCUAAUUCUGUUCCCAUUAGGGUUUUCAGCAUCCCUGAUUCUAAGAGAAGAGAGGAAAACCCAAUGAAGAAGCGAAAAUCAAGAGUCCAUGAUGAGGCUAAUUCCAGCAAAUCUGACCUAUCCAUGAGCUUGAAUUUGGUUAUUGGUCCUGGCAAUGAGCAGACUGUUAGCUGCAAGAGAAGAAGAACCGAUCAAAUACCGCUACCUUUCUUCCUUAAAGGAAGUUCAGCUACUAGGCAUGAUCUCAAAUCGCAAAUCACUGCACUUAACCUGGACAGUGCAGAGGGUUUAGACCUUGAGCUCCGGCUUGGUGACCCACCAAAGGUGAAGUAGGCUAGUAAUUACUAUGAGUUUUCCCUUAAUGACAACAAGCACUGUACUUCUCUCUUCUCCUGUUUUCUUUGUUAAAUAUCUUCAGUCUUAUGGCUAAUAUAA